ACCGUGCUACCGUAGACCAUUCUUUUUUUCGAAAAAAUAUCCACUUAAUACAGUUUGGCUCUAGAAUCCAUAAUUUGAAUUACCGCUUUUAAACCACCAUAUUGAAUUUUAAUUCGUCCAAGUUUGCAGCUAGUUCAGAUGGCAGUCGAAACAGUGCCCCAAAAAUUUACUAAGAAUCGAGCCCCCCUGUUCGCAGUGUAUAUAUUCAGCACAAAAUAAGUUGUAGUAACGAUUUGUUGCAAUAAUUACAAUAUAUUUUUUAAAUCCAUACGCCUCUCACAAACAUGAUAUUCAAUUAAAUUAUUAAUAGUUGGCAAAGCACGAAGAAAUAUGGUAAGGUAUUCAUUCUUAUCGGCUAAAUUACAAAACGAUAAGUGAUUAUGAAUAUUCACAGUGAAAGAAAGAACAUGUUCAUUAAAGAAAUCAAAUUCAAAUGAACAGGCUAUACGUGAAGCCUGAUACGUACAAUUGUUUGUAUGCCGAGUCAAAUUUAAUAGAAUGCCGACAAUAGCCACUUCCUCUUUAACGUAUGAAAUUCUCAUGUACCUAAAUUCAUUUUAUUUCGGUAUGUUUGCUGUUUGCGAAUUAGGCAUGGGAUUCUUCAAGGCAGCGAAUUUGCCUUCACCCGGCACAAGCACAACGCUGACAGAGUUUGCACUUUUGUUCUUCCUCAUAGUCACAGAAGGAGCUAGAAUUUAUCUUGGAAGGAAAGGAAACUUGACCGAACAUGGAUUACCAAUUCUGAUCGGAGUUGUUUUAACUGUGCCCAGUUCGUUGGCUACAUUGUAUUUUUUGAUCUGGCAAAACUAUGUGCUCAGGCUAGAAGUAAUACUUUGCAGCAUACAAUUAGUUUUGUUGGCAUCCGAAUUAAUCAUUUCGAUCUUGUGCCUUAUAGCUAUUUAUCGACCGCCAUCUCCCGAAGAGUAAGCCCAUGCUUGAUUCUGUUUUCUGUCACCUUUACGAGUGCAACAUAAAAUUUCAAUAUCACAGAAUUUUAAUGUAUACAAUAUAGAGAUGGAAAAAAAAUGACAGUGAUGAAACUUGAUUCAUAUUCGACUUUUAUACCUUCGGUACUAUGUAACUUGUAACAAGUGUAUAUUGCAUAUUCACACGUGCGCAUACUUAUUUCCACUUUUAUAAACAAUUGUUAAAUCGAAUCCUUUUUAUUAACAGUUCUUUUAUAAAAAUUA